AUGAAAAGAAAAUACAUUAUACUCUCAUUGAUAAUUCCUGGACCAACACAACCAGGAAAUGAUAGUUGUGUGUACUUAGCACCUCUUAUUGAUGAUUUGUUAUUGUUGUGGGGAAGUGGAGUUGAAGUGUUUGAUGCUAAUCGAAAGGAAACUUUUAAUUUAAGAGCAUUGUUGUUCUGCACAAUACAAGAUUUUCCUUCAUAUGGUAAUCUUUCGGGGUAUAGUGUAAAAGGAACAGCCCCUUGUCCUAUAUGUGAAGACAAUUGGAAGGGAGAGUAUAUGAAAGGAUCUCAUAAGACAGUGUACUUUGACCAUCGUCCAUUUCUUCCAUGUGAUCACUGCUAUCGUAGAAUGAAAAAGGCUUUUAAUGGGAAACAAGAGUUUAAUUGCCAGCCACAUGUCUCUACCGGCCUUGAAGUGUAUGAAAGGGUAAAAGACAUUCAAACUACGUUUGGCAAGUUGAAGAAAAAUAGAAACGCCCUUCCCAAACAGGGUUAUAAGAAGUGUUCAGAGUUUUGGCGCCUUUCAUAUUGGAAACAUCUGUUUGUGCGACAUUGUCUAGAUGUGAUGCACAUUGAAAAAAUUGUCUGUGAUAGUUUGAUAGGGACUUUACUAGAUAUUCCUGGAAAGACAAAAGAUGGUAAAGGGGCUCGACUUGAUUUGAAAAAAAUGAAAAUCAGAAAUGAACUCCAUGCUGUUAAGUCUGGAAAUAGAAAAUAUCUGCCCCUUGCGGCCUAUACACUUUCUAGGAAAGAAAAGGCAGAAGUUUGUGCAUCUUUAUCUGGGGUAAAAGUGCCUGAGGGCUUUUCUUCUAAUAUCUCUUCUCUAGUUUCAAUGCAAAAUCUGAAACUUGUGGGUCUUAAGUCUCAUGACUGUCAUGUUUUGAUGCAAUAUCUUUUGCCUGUUGCUACUCGUUCCAUUUUGCCAAAAAACGUGCGAUAUUCCAUUAUUAAAUUAUGUUCAUUCUUUAAUGCAAUAUACAGCAAAGUCUUCAGACCAAGCGAUUUGGAUUCUAUGGAAACAGUUUUUGUUGUUAUUUUGUGUCAGCUUGAGAUGUAUUUUCCACCCGCCUUUUUUGAUAUCAUGGUUCAUCUCCCUAUUCAUUUGGUGAGAGAGAUUAAAUAUUGUGGUCCGGUGCAUAUGAGGAGUUCAUGGCCUUUUGAAAGGCAAAUGAAAACUUAUAAAGAUUAUGUUAAGAAUUUUUCUCGUCCAGAAGCUUGUAUCGCGGAGAGAAUGGUUUAUGAAUUAGCUAUUGAAUUUAGCAUGGAUCUUCUAGGAGAUAUGAAGACCAUAGGGGUUCCUAAAUCUCGACAUUGUGGCCGACUUGAUGGUAAAGGGACAAUAGGUCGUAGAGAUAGGGACUUGACUCGAGAGAAAUGGCGUAUGGCACACACAUAUAUUCUUCAUAAUGAAGACGAAGUAGCUCCUUAUGUUGAGCAACACAUGUCUUUUUUAAGGAGGUUGAUUCGAAAGGCUAAUCUGAAAGCAAUUGCUGCUGAGCAUAAUAAAUCAUUUGGUAUUUGGUUAAAAAAUGAGGUAAUGAAAGAGCUUCAAGGUUCAUCACAUGCCAUUUCGGAUCGUCUAAAGAGUUUGGCAUACGGACCAGAUUUUUCAGCCACUUUUUACUCUGGUUAUGUCAUUAAUGGCUGGACUUUUUAUACCAAGGACCAAGAUGAGAAGAGUACAAUGCAAAAUAGUGGGGUAUCUUUAGAAACUGAAGCAAUGCAUUUUGCUAGUGCGAAAGACACUCGUCCUGUUUUGUGUAAAAUGCAAUAUUAUGGGGUAAUUGAAGACAUAUGUGAGUUGCAUUACUCUGAUUUUUCGCUACCUGUUUUUUGUUGCAAAUGGGCUGAUAGCAAUAACGUUACAUAUGAUGACAUGGGGCAUACUUUAGUGAACUUUGAUAGAAUUGGUCAUAAGGAAGAUCCUUAUAUUUUUGCUAGCCAAGAAAAACAAGUCUUUUACAUGACUGGCCCAUCAGAUAAGAGGAGGUCUGUUGUUAUAACACCAAGAACUCGAUAUUCCAUUGAUGAACAUGAAGAUAAUGCUUUGUUUGAGGAAAGGUCUGGGUUGAAUGACAUCCAAGUUAUGGAAGACGUUGAUGAUACAUCAACCUAUAUUCGAAAUGACCAUGAAGAAGGAAUUUGGGUCGAAAACAAAGAUGAUACUUGUAAAAGACCUCAAAAGCGUCAAAAAAGAAUAGUAAAAAGGCAGCAAACAAUGCUACAAACAUAG